AUUACUUUGUGACUUUCGUAUUCCGGACAUAAUGCCACAUUUAGUUUGUUCCCUCACGGCCACCGUAGUGUCCCGGAAGUGAAGUUACGUGUAAACAUUGGCUGUCGCUCCAACUUCAUGCCCGGCCGGUGUACAGUGCGGACAGCAUGCCUCGCUACGCGCAGCUCGUGAUGGGGCCGGCGGGCAGUGGGAAGAGCACCUACUGUUCCACCAUGGUCCAGCACUGCGAGACCCUGAACAGGUCGGUGCAAGUUGUCAAUCUGGACCCUGCGGCAGAAUAUUUUGACUAUCCAGUCAUGGCAGAUAUCCGAGAGCUCAUCGAAGUAGAUGAUGUGAUGGAAGAUGGAUCUCUGCGGUUUGGUCCUAAUGGCGGACUAGUGUAUUGUAUGGAGUAUUUUGCUAAUAACUUUGACUGGCUGGAGAGCUGCUUGGGCCACACUGAAGAUGAUUAUAUACUGUUUGACUGCCCAGGUCAAAUAGAACUAUACACGCAUCUGCCAGUUAUGAAGUACCUGGUGGAGCAGCUUCAGCAGUGGGAGUUCAGAGUCUGUGGAGUCUUCCUGGUUGAUUCUCAAUUCAUGGUGGAGUCUUUCAAGUUUAUUUCUGGUGCCAUGGCUGCCCUAAGUGCCAUGGUCUCUUUGGAGAUACCACAAUGCAACAUCAUGACCAAGAUGGAUUUAUUGAGCAAGAAGGCAAAAAAGGAAAUAGAAAAGUUUCUAGACCCAGACAUGUAUUCCAUGAUAGAAGACUCAACGGGUAAGCUGAGGAGCAAGAAAUUUAAGAAGUUAACUAAAGCAAUUUGUGAAUUGAUUGAUGAUUACAGCAUGGUUCGGUUCCUACCAUUUGACCGAUCAGAUGAAGAAUGCAUUAACAUCGUCCUCCAACAUAUAGAUUUUGCUAUACAAUAUGGGGAAGACCUGGAGUUUAAAGAACCAAGGGAAACAGAGGAGGAUAAAUCCCAGAAUUUCGAUGAGUUCUUCCAAGACAGAGCAGAUGAACAGUGAUGUCCGUAACGACGUAGUAAAAGGAACUUGGAUCUCACUGAUUCCACUAUCUUUACUGCGUCGCAGUGAAUGCUGAGGCAGUAGUUCACCUGCAGUAUUGAGACUCCUUUGCUCGAAUGUAACGGAACUGUUAUGCAACCAGAGUGCCCAUGUCUUAAUGAAAUGCUCAUUCUACACCAAGGUGUCUUUUAAGUUGGUGUCAUGUACAGAUAAUCGGCUGUAGAAAAAUGAGUAUAAGAAAUGUCAUCUUGGUUUCUAUGUACCAUUGGUAACUAUAGGCUGAUUUGUUGUAGUUUAGUGAUAUGAUGUUCUCAUUUAAACCUCUGGAAUUUACAUAUUGAUGACCUAGUCUUAGGAUAGGUCAUCAAUAUGAGAUCGGCUGUGGUCUGACUGGGGACUCCCACCGAUCAGGAUGCGGCUCUCUGUGAGCGCUUAGGCUUCUUCCAAGGCCAUGUGACAUCACAUUCGUCAGUCACAAAGCUUAGGCACAGCUCAUCCCCAUUCAUAUGAAUGGAGCUAAGCUGCAAUAUCAAGCACAGCUGCUAUACAACGUAUGGCGCUGUACGGCGACACAAAGCAUAUGAAGACUUUGCAAUGGAAAAAAAAUACUUAGAAAUACUGUAACAAUUGGUUUAUCGCUGUAAAUACACAUUUAGCAUCUCA